AUGGCUAUAUUCGAUAAAAUAUGUCGAUUUCUUUGUUUUCAGCCACUUGGUAUCAUCUCCAUGUUGGACGAGGAGUGUAUCGUGCCGAAAGCUACUGAUUUGACAUUAGCACAGAAACUCACUGAACAACAUCUUGGCAAACAUCCGAACUUCGAAAAACCCAAACCACCAAAGGGCAAACAGUCAGAAGCUCACUUCGCCAUGCGUCAUUAUGCCGGUACAGUACGAUACAAUGUGACGAACUGGUUAGAGAAGAACAAGGACCCUCUGAACGAUUCUGUGGUACAGGUGAUGAAGAACUCUAAGAAGAACGACCUCCUCGUUGAAGUAUGGCAGGACUACCAGACACAGGAAGAGGCCGCUGUUGCCGUGAAAAGUGCUGGUUCUGGAAAGAAGAAGGGCAAGUCUGGAUCGUUCAUGACUGUCUCUAUGUUGUAUCGUGAAUCACUGAACAAUCUGAUGGUCAUGUUGAACAAAACUCACCCUCAUUUCAUUCGUUGCAUCAUCCCCAAUGAAAAGAAAGCAUCAGGUAUAAUCGAUGCCGGUCUGGUGCUCAAUCAGCUCACGUGUAACGGUGUGUUGGAAGGUAUUCGAAUUUGCCGAAAAGGUUUUCCGAAUCGUACCCUUCACCCUGAUUUUGUGCAACGUUAUGCGAUUCUCGCUGCUGAUGAAGCACUUAUUGGUAAAGAAGAUCCAAAGGCUGGUAUCGUUGCUCACCUUGAAGAUUUGCGUGACAUUCGUCUGGCUGAGCUAGUCACAGGACUGCAAGCUCAAAUCCGAUCGUACUACCAACUGAUCGAGAAGAAACGUCUCAUCGAAAAGAUCGAAGCGAUGAAAGCCAUUCAGAGAAACGUUCGCAACUGGGCCAUGCUUCGUACAUGGUCUUGGUUCAAGUUGUAUGGCAAGGUGAAACCGUUAAUUCAAUCUGGCAAAAUCGAAGAGCAAUACGAGAAACUGCAAGAGGCGGUGGCGACGUUGAAGGACACGCUUGAGAAGGAGGAAUCGUUGAAGGCUGAAUUGGCCGAAAAUGCAGAGCGACUCAAGAGAGAAACUGCCGAUCUGUUGGCACAGCUUGAGGCCACCCGUGGAACUAACACGGAAAUCGAAGAACGCAUGGCAUUGAUGAACGAGCAGAAGAUUGCCCUGGAAGGAAAGCUGGCUGAUGCCAAUGCUCGCUUGGAAGCCGAGGAAUCUGCAGCCGUCCAACUUCAAAAGGAGAAGAAGCAAGUGGAGGCGGAGUGUGCUGAGCUGAAAAAGCAGUGCCAGGACAUCGAUCUAUCUCUUCGCAAAAGCGAAGCCGAAAAACUGGCCAAAGAACACCAGAUUCGCUCUCUUCAAGAUGAAAUGCGCCAACAGGAUGAAGCUAUUUCCAAGCUGCACAAAGAGCGCAAAAACCAAGAGGAGACUAACAAGAAACUGAAUGAAGACCUUCAAGCUGCCGAGGAUCAGAACAUGGCAUCGAACAAAUUGAAAGCCAAGCUCAUGCAAACAUUGGAAGAGUCGGAGGCUACCUUGGAACGCGAGAAGAGGAACCGUGCCGAUAUGGACAAGGCAAAGCGGAAGGCCGAAGGUGAUCUGAAAAUCGCUCAAGAGGAGAUGGAAGAGCUGUCAAAGGCAAAGAGUGAUGUGGAAAACGGUCUUCGACGAAAGGAAACCGAACUACAUAAUAUGAGCAUGAAACUUGAAGACGAGCAGGCCGCCGUAGCCAAGUUGCAGAAGGCCAUUCAACAAGACGAAGCCAAGAUGAAGGAUCUUAACGACCAGUUGGCGGAUGAAAAGGCGGAAUACGAUGACCUGACCGAUCAACUCGAUGAGCAAGCCCGUGCCACCGCUGCUCAGAUUGAACUAGGAAAGAAGAAGGAUAUGGAAGUAGCGAAGCUCCGUCGUGAUUUGGAAGAAGCCGGUUUGAAAUUCGGCGAGCAGCUGGCUACCUUGAAGAAGAAGGGUGCUGAUGCCGUUCAGGAGCUGACCGAUCAGGUUGAGCAGCUGUCGAAGCAGAAGAACAGAGCCGAGAAAGAGAAGGCACAAGUGCAACGCGAAUUCGACGAGGCCUCUGCCGCACUCGACCAAGAAGCCAAAGCUCGCGCCGAACAGGAGCGUAUCGCUAAGCAGCACGAAGUACUCCUACUGGAGCUUCGCUUGAAGUCUGAUGAGCAGUCUCGUCAACUGCAAGAUUUCGUCUCGUCCAAGGGACGCCUUCAUUCCGAAAAUGCAGACUUGGCCCGCCAAGUUGAAGAGCUUGAGGGCAAGAUCCAAGCGGCGACACGCCUGAAGCUCCAGUUCUCCAACGAACUCGACCAGACUCGUCGUUUCGCCGAAGAGGAAGGUCGUGAGAGGCAGAACCUUAACAAUUUGUCCAAGAACCUUGCUCGCCAACUCGAACAGCUCCGCGAAUCGAUUGAGGAUGAGGUAGCAGGCAAAGCUGAGUCGACCAGACAACUGCAGAAGGCACAGAUUGAGUUGGAUCAGUGGAGAACCAAGUUUGAGACCGAAGGACUCAUUGGAGCCGACGAAUUCGAUGAGGUCAAGAAACGUCAGAAUGCGAAGACCACCGAAAUUCAGGACGCGUUAGAUGCUUGCAACGCCAAGAUUGUUGCCCUUGAGAAUGCUCGCAGUCGCCUCACAGCCGAAGCUGACACCAAUCGUCUUGAGGCUGAGCAUCAUGCUCAGGCAGUGGCAUCGUUGGAGAAGAAGCAGAAAGCCUUCGACAAAGUCAUCGAUGAAUGGAAGAAGAAGGUUGAUGACCUGUACUUGGAGCUGGAUAACGCUCAACGUGAUUCACGCCAGCUUUCCGGCGAAGCCCACAAGCUCCGUGGCCAUCACGACGCCCUUGCCGAUCAGGUUGAAGGACUGAAACGAGAAAACAAAGCUCUUUCUGAUGAGGCUCGCGACCUGAGCGAUCAGCUCGGAGAAGGUGGCCGUGCCAUGCAUGAGCUCUCCAAAGCAAUGCGACGCUUCGAAAUGGAGAAGGAGGAGCUCCAGCGAGGACUCGACGAGGCUGAAGCUGCCCUCGAGGCUGAAGAGAGCAAAUCGCUCCGUUGUCAAGUCGAAGUAACCCAGAUACGGGCUGAGAUCGAGAAACGUAUCGCCGAAAAGGAGGAGGAGUUCGAAAACUCGCGUAAAGUCCAUCAGCAGACCAUCGACAGCAUCCAGGCUACAUUGGACUCUGAGACAAAAUCCAAGGCCGAACUGUUCCGCGUGAAGAAGAAGCUCGAGGCUGAUAUCAACGAGCUUGAAAUCGCUCUUGAUCAUGCGAACCGUGCCAAUGAGGAUGCACAGAAAAACGUUAGAAGAUACAUGGAUCAGACCCGUGAGUUGCAACAGACGAUCGAUGAGGAACAGAAGAGACGUGAAGAGUUCAGAGAAUUGUUGCUGUGUUCGGAGCGUAAACUCGCGGCCGCUAAACAGGAACAGGAAGAGUUGGUCGUUAAACUUGAAGCUAUUGAACGCGCUCGCCGUGUAGUAGAACAGGCCGUAAAGGAACAUCAGGAACAAAACAACGAACUCAACUCACAGAACUGCGGACUUGCAGCUGCUAAGAGCCAGCUCGACAAUGAAAUCGCUCUUCUCAAGAGUGACAUUUCCGAAGCUCAAAUGGAACUGGCCGCAUCAGAGGACCGUGGACGUCGAGCUGCAGCAGACGCAGCUAAAAUGUCUGAGGAUCUGCGACAAGAGCAGGAGAAUUCCCUACAAGUCGAGCGCUAUAAGAAGCAGCUAGAGAGUCAAGUGAAGGAUAUGCAAGAACGUGCCGACAUAGCCGAAGCUGCUGUUAUGAAGGGUGGAGCCAAGGCGGUCAUGAAGGCUGAAGCUCACUCGAUAUUGAACGGCAUAGGCUGA